ACGUCGGAAGCAAGACAAAAUCUUAACUUAGGGUUUGGAGUGCUACGCGUCUCUGAUUUCCGCGAUCGGGCCGCAAUUGAGAUUCAGAUUUCGUGCUGCUCGAUCGGAUGAGAGCUUCUCGUUUGCAACAACCUGCACGUAACGGAUGAUCGGGACGAAGGGACCCUUUGCUUUUCUUUGGAUUGGUUAGAUUUAUUUUGGGUUGGCAGGAUAUCUGAGCGUGGCAGGAGAUUGUGCGUUGGAGGAGAUUGAAGUGUGCCGUUUCCUGUGAUGUGAUAUACUUUCUGGAGCCGAAUGUAAAACAGGGCGCUGCUGCAGAUGAACUUGAUCGCCUUUGUAAAAACUGUGGAUCAGGUGCUUGCUUUUAUGGAAACGGCAUGGCGUCGGUAUGCCCGGAUGAUGGGGACGAGAUCGCUCAACGUGGCCUACAUUCUAGUGUUUGUAGUGCUCUGCUCAUGGCUGCUGUUGGCGAGUUUGAUUCAAACUCCACGCAUUCGUGUACAGCAAUGCAGGCUCCUGCAGUCCUUGAAUGACAAAAGAACAUCCAGCUAUUCUAAUGAUGAGCGGCUGAAGUUGUACGAGAACAUGACUGGGGAGCUUGACAAACAGGGGCCUUUAUUUCUUGGGGACGGGAAGACCUCACAAUCUUUGAAGUUGUCAGAUUUAUUUUCUGUAAUCAAUGGGAAAAUUGUCCCUGUACACAAAGUUGCAAAUCCACCAGUGCGAGCAGUAGUCUUGUACCUUGAUCCUGAUGCAGCUCAUGAAAUAAAGCAGACAAUAGAGAGUAUUUUAUCUCGUCAUUUUCCCAAAACAGGAUUAUGGUUUCAAGAUCCAGAUCUUUACCAUUUUAGCAUGCAUCAUGCGUCGCACCAUCAAAACCCAGUGCCUGCCACUCUAGAGGAGAUAAAUUCUGAGGCUGCAGCUGUGAGGCAAGUAGCUGAAAAAUCUCUAAUUCUGGAGAUAGAGCUGGAAAGAGUGGUACUUACUCCUUCUGGGGUACUCGUAGGAUGCUGGCAGGUAUCAAAGGGCACAGAUCCGGCAGUUAUAAGAGAAGAGUUGAGAAAUGCACUACCUCGAUCGCCAGCAAAGCAGUUGUAUAAUCCAGUUAUUUUUUAUACUUCUUUUGCAAGAAUUUUGAGUGCACCGCUCACAGCUCGCAAGGAUUAUUCUGCAGAUGCGGUUCUGGAGAUUUUGAAAGGGCUUGUUUCUCAGUUGAAUCAAAACCUGUGCUCCAAGGCUGCAGUUAAGGAGCUCUGGUAUGUUGAAGAACUUGAUUUACUAGCCUUGGCCCUGAAAGGUAGAACUCGGAUCAGGCGCUUUCAGCUUCAGUCUGAUCCCAAAGGCUGAAAUAUUUUGUCAGCACAUUACGGCCUGGGUCAUGAAAAGUAUUUAAACCUGUUUUGGUGUGCCUAUUUUAUUCAAUGUCAAUAUACUACUAAAAAAAACAUUAGUAAGUCAAAGUUGCACCCACAUUGUUGCAUAAAGAACCAUCCUACUUUGGUAUGACGUGCUGAUCCAUUAAUCUAAAUUCUUCCUAUGAUAGAAACUUCUUUGGUA